AUGGGCAUCCGCGGCAUGCUGCGAGCCGCGGUGCUCCUGCUGCUCAUCCGGACCUGGCUGGCGGAGGGCAGCGCCCCCAGUCCCACCGCCGGGUUCCACUUCGGCCACUCCACGGUUCCCGACGGCGUCCAGGACCUCUUCAACUGCAAAAACUGUGCGAAUGAAGCUGUGGUUCACGAGGUUUUGGACAGGGUGCUGACGGGGUACGAUGUCCGUCUGAGACCAAAUUUUGGAGGUGACCCUGUGCCCGUGGGCGUAUCUGUCUACAUCUCCAGUAUUGAACAGAUCUCAGAAAUGAAUAUGGACUAUACAAUCACGAUGUUUUUUCAUCAGACCUGGAAAGACCCACGCUUGGCCUACCACGAGACCAGCCUGAACCUGGCUUUAGACCAUCGGAUGCUCGAGAAGCUGUGGGUCCCUGACUGCUACUUCCUGAAGAGCAAGGAUGCUUUCGUGCACGAUGUGACCGUGGAAAACCGCGUGUUUCAGCUUCACCCCGAUGGAACGGUCCGGUAUGCCAUCCGACUCACCACCACAGCAGCUUGUUCCCUGGACCUGCAGAAAUUUCCGCUGGACAAGCAGGCCUGCAAGCUAGAAAUUGAGAGCUAUGGCUACACAGUCGAGGACAUCGUCUUAUUCUGGGAAGACGAUGGGAACGCCCUCCACGGGACUGAGGAACUACAUAUCCCUCAGUUCAGCUUCCUGGGGAAGACGAUUACCAGCGAGGAGCUGUACUUCUACACAGGUUCUUACAUGCGCCUGAUCCUGAGGUUCCAGGUCCAAAGGGAAGUCAGCAGCUUCCUUGUGCAGGUCUAUUGGCCCACUGUCCUCACCACUGUUCUCUCCUGGAUGUCCUUUUGGAUGAACUGCGAUUCCUCUGCUGCCAGGGUGACAGUUGGCCUGACGUCAAUGCUCAUCCUGACCACCAUCAACUCACACGUGCGCAAUAAGCUGCCCCGAGUUUCCUGUGUCAAGGCCAUCGACAUCUAUAUCAUCGUGUGCUUCUUCUUUGUCUUCUUUUCCUUGAUGGAGUACGUCUACAUCAACUAUCUUUCCUACAGCCGAGGACCUCGGCGCUUUCAUAGGCGACACAGACGAGCCCGGAGAGUCAUCAAUUGCUACCGCUACCGCGAAGUGGUGGUGGAAGAAGUGCAGGGAGACCUGAUUAGUAUUGAAGACGACGUCGACUCUCUGAUCUCCAUCCCAGCGCUGGCCCGCCUGGCAAGCCCUGAAAGCUUCAGCUCUUUGUCCUCCACCCCAGAGCGAGCCCGGCUGGCCACCUCGGAAAGCCUCAGCUCCCUCUGCUCUGGGUGCAGCCAGGCUUCCAGGGAAAGCCUGAGCCAGCUCCCCUCCACCUCGGCACAGGCCCUGCUAUUCUAUGGUAUCAUGUCUGAGAUCCGCAGGCGCACUGAGGCCCGUGACCACGCUGAGGCCUGUGACCAGGAAGACCUCGAUGAGAACGCGAGCUUGGACGAGAGCCAUGGCCACAGCCCUGUCAGGCAGCCUCUGCUCAACCGUGGCCAGAGGUUUGUGCGAGAAGCGAGCUGGGACCUGGACGAGAUCUGUAGCUUGCCUGAUGAUGCCAGUGUCGAGAGCGGCUGCCCUGACCUUGAGGCGAAUCCCAGGGGUGAUGCUGACAGCACCUGGAGCCUGGAGGAGGAGGAGGAGGUCCUGGUCUGUGUCCGAGAGGACGAUAGUGGCUCUGAGUCUGAUGACAGCCUUCCCCCGAGCCCGGAGUGCUCCCUCAGCCAAGGGCUGUCUUCUAAGCUCUUUAACCCUGACUAUGUCCCUAAGGUCGACAGGUGGUCCCGGUUCCUCUUCCCUCUGGCCUUUGGGCUGUUCAACAUUGCUUACUGGGCAUACCAUAUCAACUAG